AGAAAAUAUGAAACAAAAGCCCAUACCUUUCACUUCCUCUCUCUCUAGGACCCAGAAAUAUAUAAAUAAUAAUUUUUUAUUAAAAUGGGAAAGAAAUGAUUGUAUCAAGGAAAAUUCAUAGGUGAAAGUACAUGAAAGAAUAAGAGGAGACCACAUGUUGACAAUUUUGAAGUCAUUGUUGUUUGGAGUUCAUUUCUUUCUGUAGAGAGAGAAAGUGAGAGAGAGAGAUCUUAUCUGGGAUGCAGGAUUUCUCAUAUCUGCUGAUCAGAUUGUGUCCUAGAAGAUUGGAAUUUCUUAAUAUUCUUUUUAUGAGUGAUGAUGAUCUUGUAAGGCUUUCUCAGUGGUAGUGUACAGAGACACCCACCUUGUUUUUUUGGGCUCUUUGAGGUCUCUCUUCCAUCAAUUCUGGUUCAUGAGCUUCUGGUGUUUGUGUCAUGUUCUGCAAGAGUGAGCUCAAUACUGAUUAUGUGGGGUUCAUGAUUUGCCGUAGAUUUCUGCAAAUUUGAUUGAAUUUCAAGUGGAGUUUUGAAAAGGGUAUAUAGUAUUGAUUAGAAAUCUGAGGUACCUAGCAGGAAUUUUGAGAGAUCAUUGUGUACUUAUCAGGUUCAUUCUUCUAGACUAGGGGAAAUAAAUAGAGCUAAACCUGGAGCUCGUAUCUUUGUUUUGGGAAAAGGGGGAUUGUGAAGAAGAAACUUCGCAAGAUGCAAAUAUUAUACCAAAAUUCAUAGGUCAGCUCGUGAGGUAGCUAUAUAUAUAUAUAUAUAUUUAUUUAUUUAUUCCGUCCGGUGAAUAAAUCCAAUGGUUCACGCUACUCCCAGAUGAGUUGAUGUUUUUUGUUUGACCCCAUGCACCAGUUCAUCAGGAAUGGGAACUGAAAUACAAUCAAAAACAUAUUUUCCAGGAUACUAUUCCAUGAGGAAUCUGAAUGAUAAUGCAAGCACUGACUUCUGGGCUCUAUGUCAUGAAGAAAGAACCUUGAAAAAUGGCCAGAAUUAUGACUUGCUCUUGACAAGGCCAUUCGUAGAUGGAUAUUCGGGGUAUGAUAAGGAACAACUGAGGCAAACUAUUUUGAAGCAUGAGUCAAUAUUCAGGCAUCAGCUCCAAGAACUACACCGUCUUUAUAAAAGACAGCGGGACUUGAUGAAUGAAAUUGGAAGAAGAGAGCCACACAAACAUUUAAUACCAGCAGAAACAUCACAGCCAAGUCUCUUUUUUUCUCAAAUUCCUUCUGAAGAUGCCAAAAAGACAUAUGUUUCUAAUUUGCCCUUUGAAAAUUCAAAUAGCAUACAGUCCCCUCUUAGUUUGAUGAACCGGAAGAAUAUGUCAGGUCCUCUUUCUUUUGAAGAUGCAGUGACUUUUAAGAAUGUUGAAUCUCUGGAGUCGAAAUGCAACAUGUUUCAGAAAAAAAUGUUCAACCCUGAACUUACCACUGAUCUAUACAUGCAUAACAAAGGAAAACAGCUAGAAGAAAGAGUUUUUGGAGUGUCAGGGAUGGAGAGUUACCCUCUUAACAGUAAUUGUGAGGUCAAAUGUGGGAGAGAUGGAAAAUUGUCCGUUGGUAGUGGUUUGAACUCUGGCUGUAAUGGUGAGGCUUCGAGAUGUAAUCUGUUUCCAAAGAGAACCCGUGAUAUGGCUGAUCUGAAUGAACCCAUCCAGGUUGAGGGAACACCUGCUUCAAUUUCUGUUGAUAAUUUAGGCAAUAUCACCUGCCUUGAAGAGGAGAUACGAAGGCGAGAUGUAUUUGUCCACUCAAAUUCAAGUUUCCAUCUUUCGUCUAAGAGAUCUUCUCAACCCUUCCUUAUAAAAAGGGAUGGAGGAAUUAGCCCCGGCAAUCUGCAUUCAGAGAAUGAAAGGGAACCAAAGGAGCAGUUAACUUAUAUUGUUGAAGCUGGGAAAAAUAGAUGUGACACCAAUUUAUUCUGUGGAGUUGUCCGUCCAGAAGAUUCUGCUACACCAUUUAAGUCAUUACAAGUAGAGCCUAGGAAUCCUUUAAAAUUUCUCCAAUCUGAUAAGAGUAAGAUUGAACCUCUGAGAAAGAGGAGAAUUUUUGGUGUAGAAAUUCCUGAAGGAGUCCAUGAUCACUCCGCUGUUGCUUCCCAUACUCCCACUCAGCAUCCUGUUAUUCCUCAGUCCGAAGUGGCCAACGGUGAGUCAUUCACUGUCUCACAGUGUCAAAAGCCUCCAAGUAGCUUGAGUCAGAAUCUGAUAUCAAUUCAAGAAAAUCCUUAUAUUAACAGCUCUAAUUCAUUCAAUAAGAGUCCUAAUACAUUGAUUCAAAUCCCAGAAUUUGUUGGAGGCAAGAUGCAUGUUACUUCAGGAUCGACCUCGAGUUUAAGAGUUCAAGAAUCCUACCAAAAUGGCCUUUGUCUUGGUUCCCAGUCAGAUGCCAAACAAUUACCCUGCUACUCAUCAAUUGGAUUUGGUUUCCCAUGUGGAAUCAACAGCAGUAUUUCACGGCCUGAGCAAUCUGUACCACAUGGUCCUAGGAAAAUCUUUGAGGGAUCAGAGUCAGUUCACUACAGGUUUCAGGAUGGGGUGAUUCCUCAACAAAAUCCUGCAUCCGUAGAUGUGCAAAGCAAGUAUGAGAACCCUAGAGGAGGACUGCCCUGGCUUAAAAGAGAGGCAUUCUCUAGUGGCGAACUGACCAAAAGAAGUCAUCAGAUGAACUUCGACUCUUUGGAAAACAGUUCUCUGCAGUUUUCCUGUAAAAUUGAAAUUGGAAAGAAUCCCUCUCCAAUUGUGGCUCGGGAUUCUACAUCAUCAUCAGGUGUGCGUGAUGCUGAGCUGAAGAAUAUUGGAGUGGGCGAAUAUCCAAGUAAUAGAAGAAUUUUUGGGUUUUCCAUUGUUGACAUGCCUCACACCUCCAAGGAUCUAACUUCUCUGAGCCCCACCUUGAAGUCUGAUGGCCCUGCUUCUGAAGUUGAUGGUGACAGUAUUAGGAAAGGUUUGGCUCAUGAUCCCAAAUCUGGUGAUCAGCAUAAAAUGAAUGAUCUUGUUACAGAGAAGGGACUAGGUAAUUACAUUUCAGGUUUGAAACAUCACAUUGAUCUGAACUUGUGUCUAAAUGAAGAAGAGGAUUCAACAGCACCCUCUCUCCCAAGAUCCAUUGUGAAGAUUGCUACCACUGAGAUAGACUUGGAGGCUCCAGCAGUUCUUGAAUCUGAAACAGACCUAUCUCUUGAAGCAGAUUCCUCAGGUGGCCAACUUAAGAAGCCUUCAGAAUUGUCAAUAGAUGACUCUAAGGAAUCUCAUGAAGAACUUGUUAGAAUUGCGGCUGAGGCUAUAAUCGACAUCUCAUCAUCUGGUUAUCAUGUGGAUAUUGCCCAUCCUCAUUCGCCAGAAGCUUCUUGUUUUCAAUCUCUCCAUUGGUUUGCAGAUUUAGUUUCUUCUUGUGAGGGGAAUAACGAGGGCGAGGUCAAAUCAGUUUCCAUGGAUACUAAUGGUCCCUGCCAUGAAGAGUCCAUUUCUGAUGGGAUGGAUUACUUUGAGUUUAUGACAUUACAGUUGACAGACACCAAGGUGGAGGAGUGCUCCUAUAAGCCUCCAGUCUUGGAGAAUCAGAAAUGUGAAGAAACAUCACUUUCAGUGCCAAAACGACCUCGCAAAGGUCAAGCAAAGAGGGGGAGGCAGCAAAAGGACUUUCAAAGAGAUAUACUGCCUGGUCUUGUUUCUUUGUCCAGGCACGAGGUCACUGAAGAUCUUCAAAUAAUUGAAGAUCUCUUUAGAGUCAGUGGUUGCACUUGGAACUCUAGUCUGUCACAGAAAAACUUUACCAAGAGCCGUAGGCGGAGGAAGAAUUCAGGAGUUUCAGCUCCCUCUCUGGCAGCAAGUGCAAUUGUCCCACCAGCAGUACAAGAACCUAUUUACACAGGACUUGGACUCGAGGGGAGAAGUUUAACAGGAUGGGGAAAAAGGACAAGGCGUUUGCCAAGGCAGAGAUGUCCAGCUGAUAAUCCUAGUCUUGCUAUAAAAUGUUGAGACACGACCUCAGUUUUUCUUUUUCAAUGCGGAAAUGAAGAAUGGGCAAGAUCAGCAGGGGAGUGGUGGAUCCAUUAUUGUGGCCCCGAGUUCAGAAAAGUUUCUUCGCUUCCCCCCCUCUCUCGAUCGAGUCAUUGUCUUGGCAACGGAUUACUUCUCUGAACCAUGGAUAUGAUGUUGCGCAUUAAUAUGUAGACUUAAGUUUGUGUUGCUUCAAGAUGUCGGUCUUCUGAGUGAACUUGUAAAUUUGUCAGGAAUAAUGUUGGAUUCUUCUCUACGGGGACAAACAGCAUUUGUUGAGUUGUGUGUAAUGUGUAAAUGAAAAGGAUGGUAUAGAAGAUUUGGGCGACCCUCGCCUCAUAUUUAGUUUUA